UCUCAAUUCAUGCUCCUCUAGUGCCAGACCCAAGCCCUCUCUUGCAUCCAUGUUCCCGAUUGAUCAUGAAAUCAAAUAAGGAUGAAGCUAACGGAGAACACCAUUUAGAUGGUAAGAAUCAUGGAGCAUCUGGGGAUGCUGGUUCCAGUCAAAUAAAGGAUAAUCAUAAUAAUAGUAAUGCUGAUGCUGAUGUUGAUGGUAUGGGUAAUGUCAAUGUUAAUGAUGACGCCCAUGCAGACCUCGAUGACAAGGUGGAUGGUUAUGAGGAGGUGAUGGUGGAUCCAUGUGCUAGAAGUUACCAUGCCAGAGACUUCAUUGUUGUUGAUUCUUUUAAAGGAGAGUAUUGUUUUGAAUGCAAUACCAGAAGUGGUCAGGUUUUCGUCUGCAGCAAAAAUGGAUGCCCAGUUGUUUUCCAUGUGGAGUGCAUGGCUUGGAAACCCAAUUUGAUGAUAUGGGUAAAUUCUACUGCCCUUAUUGUUUGUACAGGCAAGAAGGGUCCAGGCUCAAAGAGUUCAGACCGAAAGCUAUGUUGGUGGAGAAGGAAACAUCCAACUUUAUAUGUUUGAUAAGGGGUGGUGGAAGUCAUUAGAAGAAGGAAGGUGGAAUGGUGAGCAUGAAAGGAGCAAGUGUAUUAACAAUGGCAAGGGAAGUGAGUUAUGGUGAUUGUGGAAAUGGGCUAGAUUAUGUUGGCAAAGAGACUAUACAUCAUAAUCAGGAUGAAACACUGGGUGUUAAAUUCAGAAGCAAAGAAAAAUCCCUUGAGCAUAACAUCUCUAGAGCCCAUGGGUUUGACAAGGUCGGGAAUGAAGAACCGAUGCAGGAGGAUAUAGAAAUUCCUAAUGGUGAAUAUGAUGAAACUGAUAAGGUAGAGCCGGUGCUCCCAAAUGCAGUAGGAACUACCUUCCACAGGUGUCAAAACCAUUACAAACAAAUAGCUAUCAAGGCACAACCGCUUGCAGUUAUUUUACCGGAUAAUUCAUCAUUUCAACCAAGUACCAGUGCAAAUAAUCUGGAUUUGAACCAAGAGAGAAAAACUAUAACAGAAAAAACCUCUGUGGAAUGCCGAAAAUCAACCAAGCGGCCCUUGAGUCCCAUAGUGGGUACUGAAAAGCGUAGGAAACUAAACUGGACAGCUGAAGAGGAAGAUAUGCUGAAGGAAUUAGUGCAGGAAUUUUCAAGUAAAGUACACAAAAACAUCCCCUGGAGGAAAGCUUUGGAACAGGGUCAUUCUGUUUUCCACUCGACUCGACUUCCAGCUGACCUUAAAGAUAAAUGGAAGAAUAUUGUGGCUAAAGAGAUCUCUAAAAGGUAAAAGAGGUACAGAUUACAACUUGAAGUUUUGAACAGUAAGGUAAUAGUUUUUUGUUGUUAAUGGUUGUCAUGCAGGAUUUGGAAUUCUCUCAUGAAAGUAGGUAGGUGGUUCAAAGCCCUUUUGUUGUAAAUAUGUCCUACAAAUUAGGUAGGCAUGUAGUUCAAUGUAUCUUUUGUAUGCCUUUGGUGACAUUUACAGUAGGAAAAGCAAAUGCGCCAUUAGGAUUCCAUAAAUCAAAGAUUGAUAGCAAAUGUUGAUCACAAAAAAAGAAAAACUAUAGCAAGGUAGGUAAGAUCAAUG